AUGCCCGGCAUUUUCGGAUAUUGCCUAAUUGGGCAUUCCGGGAGCUCGCCGUGGGGUCUUGGAGGUGAGGUCCGGGGACAUCAGCCAGAUCACAUUCGUAGCUUGAAUUUUGUGCCAACAAGAUGUGCAGGAAUGAUUCUCCGGAUACCAUGGAACAAUUUACCGGCUGUCACAUCACAAGGACGCGAUCUGUGUUUUAAUGCAAUGACACAACUAGGGACGACUCAUCAUAGCCAUAACUGCAAAGAUACAUGUGGGAAAUUUGAGUUUACUUGCCUGUCGACUGUUCUGGCAGUUCGCAAGGAAACCCCUCCACCGAUCCAACAUGCGAUGCCUGAGGGCCUGAUCAUCCCACGGCCCCCUCAGGGGCUGCCUAAGGCGAACUUGCGCAUUCACCUGAUCGUACGAUACCUCGUGUCCGCAUAUCGCUGCUGUGUGGUGAGGGGGCAUGUCUCAACCCUAGCAUGCGGCACAGUUACGUGUUACAAGGCGCCGGCCAGCGAACAAGCAUCAGGCGAGGCGACCUUCUUGAUACCAGGCGUUCUUGACCAUCGAACAGUUCGACAAGGGCUGUAUUUCGUUGAAUGCUCGCUCAACCUGACCUGGACGGGAAGCGCCUGCAUAGAGCACCUUUGUUCUCACAGCAACAUAACAGGACAAGCAUCUUUAUCUGUGGUUCCCAACAAUCUUCAUUAUGCAUCGAAAAACGAACAAGUGGAAGCAGAGCUUCCGACAAUGCAUCGCCCAUCACCAGACAAAGACCGCGGCGCCUCGCUCGUGUAA